GGUACCCAGCAUGCCUGACGAGGCGGAGGCAACGGCGGAGGGGCCGCCCGCAUCUCCUCAUCCUUCUCUCUCGGCGCAUCUCAGGUAGCGACAUGGCUGAGGGGAGCCAGUAAGCCGCCUAACCGACCGACCGACCGCCUCUCUCUCUUUUUCUAUCUCCCUCCCUCACGUCCGCCCCGCCUUCGGCUCCUCCAGCCGGCCCCGAGGCCCGACCGACCUCGGGUUGGGGAAGACGGCGGCGGAGGCAGUGGAGGAGGAGGAGGAGGAGGAGGCGGCGGCUGCUCCUCCACCACCACCACCACCACCACCAUGGCGGCCUCCGAGCUCUACACGAAGUAUGCGAGGAUUUGGAUACCUGAUUCAGAACUAGUGUGGAAGUCGGCAGAACUUUUGAAAGAUUAUAAACCAGGAGACAAAGUCCUGCAUCUUCGACUUGAGGAUGGCAAGGAUAUUGAAUAUAAACUUGAUGCUAAAUCUAAGGACCUACCACCCCUGCGAAAUCCAGAUAUACUUGUGGGUGAAAAUGACCUGACAGCACUCAGCUAUCUUCAUGAACCUGCUGUUCUCCACAAUCUCAAAGUUCGAUUUAUAGACUCAAAACUCAUUUAUACAUAUUGUGGUAUAGUUUUAGUUGCUAUCAAUCCUUACGAGCAGCUGCCUAUCUAUGGCGAAGACAUUAUCAAUGCCUACAGUGGCCAAAAUAUGGGGGACAUGGACCCCCACAUCUUUGCUGUGGCUGAGGAGGCAUACAAACAGAUGGCCAGAGAUGAACGGAACCAGUCCAUCAUUGUAAGUGGGGAAUCAGGAGCCGGGAAAACCGUGUCUGCCAAGUAUGCCAUGAGAUACUUCGCCACCGUGAGCGGGUCUGCAAGUGAAGCUAAUGUUGAAGAGAAAGUGUUAGCUUCUAAUCCUAUAAUGGAGUCUAUUGGCAACGCUAAAACCACAAGAAACGACAAUAGCAGUCGCUUUGGGAAGUACAUUGAAAUCGGUUUCGAUAAGCGGUAUCGAAUCACAGGGGCUAACAUGAGAACUUACCUCCUAGAAAAAUCGAGAGUGGUAUUCCAGGCGGAAGAAGAGAGAAAUUACCAUAUCUUCUAUCAGCUUUGUGCUUCUGCGGCAUUGCCUGAAUUUAAAGCUUUGCGGUUGGGGAAUGCAGGCUAUUUUCACUAUACAAAACAAGGGGGAAGCCCAGUAAUUGACGGAAUUGAUGACGCUAAGGAAAUGCUUAACACUCGACGGGCUUGCACUCUUUUGGGCAUUGUUGAUUCCUGUCAGAUGGGAAUUUUCCAAAUCCUUGCUGCUAUUCUUCACUUGGGCAAUGUGUCCUUCACAUCUCGAGAUGCUGACAGCUGCACAAUACCUCCUAAACACGAACCCCUCAGGAUCUUCUGCGAUCUCAUGGGAGUGGAAUAUGAACAGAUGUCGCACUGGCUUUGCCACAAAAAGCUUGCUACUGCCACAGAGACCUACAUCAAGCCAAUUUCCAAGCUGCAGGCUAUCAAUGCUAGAGAUGCUCUUGCGAAGCAUAUCUACGCAAACCUUUUUACCUGGAUUGUAGAUCAUGUGAACAAAGCUUUGCAGUCCACUGUGAAACAACAUUCUUUCAUUGGCGUAUUGGACAUUUAUGGGUUUGAAACAUUUGAGAUCAACAGCUUUGAACAAUUCUGUAUAAAUUACGCCAAUGAGAAAUUACAGCAGCAGUUCAAUAUGCACGUCUUUAAGUUGGAGCAAGAAGAAUACAUGAGGGAACAAAUUCCUUGGACCUUGAUUGAUUUCUACGACAAUCAGCCCUGCAUUAAUCUCAUCGAGGCCAAACUGGGAAUUCUGGAUUUGCUGGAUGAGGAAUGCAAGAUGCCUAAAGGUUCAGACAACAGCUGGGCCCAGAAAUUGUACAAUACCCACUUAAAUAAGACGGCACUUUUUGAGAAACCUCGAUUGUCCAACAAAGCUUUUAUAAUUCAACACUUUGCAGAUAAGGUGGAGUACCAGUGUGAAGGAUUUUUGGAAAAAAACAAAGAUACUGUCUAUGAAGAACAGAUCAAUGUUCUCAAAUCAAGUAAGUUUAAGAUGCUGCCUGAGCUGUUUCGAGUGGAGAAGACCAUCAGUCCCACCUCAGCCACACCGUCCGGUCGUACCCCAUUGUCUCGAGCGGCCGUGAAACCAGCCAAGUCAAAAAUAGCCCAAGCAAGCAAGGAACAUAAGAAAACCGUGGGGCAUCAGUUCAGAAAUUCUCUGCAUCUCUUGAUGGAGACCCUCAACGCCACGACUCCACAUUACGUUCGGUGUAUCAAACCAAAUGACUUCAAGUUUCCAUUUAUGUUUGAUGAAAAGCGGACUGUACAACAGCUGAGAGCUUGCGGUGUGCUGGAGACAAUCCGAAUCAGUGCAGCUGGUUUCCCUUCAAGGUGGACCUAUCAAGAAUUCUUCAGCCGCUAUCGUGUCCUGAUGAAGCAGAAAGAUGUCCUCAGUGACAGGAAACAGACAUGCAAGAAUGUCUUGGAAAAGCUGAUUCUGGAUAAGGAUAAGUACCAGUUUGGGAAGACAAAAAUAUUUUUCCGGGCUGGUCAAGUAGCUUAUUUGGAAAAAAUAAGGGCUGAUAAACUGAGAGCGGCUUGCAUCCGUAUCCAAAAGACUAUCAGGGGGUGGUUGAUGCGAAAGAAGUACCUGCGCAUGAGGAAGGCAGCCAUCACCAUUCAGAAAUACGUCCGUGGAUACCAGGCACGAUGCCUUGCAAAGUUCUUACGAAGAACCAAAGCUGCCAUCAUCAUCCAGAAAUUCCAGCGCAUGGAUGCUGCCCGCAAACGGUAUCGGCACAUCCGAGCAGCUACCAUUACUCUCCAGUCGCACUUGCGAGGCUACAUUGCCAGGAAGAAGUAUCACAAGAUGCUUUGGGAGCACAAGGCCACCAUUAUCCAAAAACAUGUGCGCGGCUGGCUAGCUCGCUUGCGCUACCACCGGACUUUGAAGGCAAUUAUUUACCUGCAAUGCUGCUUCCGGCGAUUGAUGGCCAAGAGGGAGCUGAAGAAGCUGAAGAUAGAAGCUCGCUCAGUAGAGCACUACAAGAAACUCAACGUCGGCAUGGAGAACAAGAUUAUGCAACUCCAGCGUAAAAUUGACGACCAGACACGAGACUCCAGGUCCCUGGUUGAGAAGCUAACUAGCUUAGAGGCAACUUACACUUCCGAGACGGAGAAGCUGCGGAAUGACAUAGAGAGGCUUCGGAUGAGUGAAGAAGAGGCCAAGAAUGCCACCAAUCGCCUCAUUAGCCUUCAAGAGGAGAUCGGCAAGCUGCGGAAAGAGCUGGAUCAGAUCCAGACGGAGAAGAAAACGAUCAAAGAAAAGGCGGAUCUCUAUAAACAGGAAACAGACAAGCUGGUGCUUGAACUAAAAGAGCAAAACACACUUCUUAAAAAGGAGAAAGAUGACCUGAAUAGCCGCAUCCAAAACCAGGCCAAAGAAAUUACAGAGGUCAUGGAGAAAAAGCAUCUCGAGGAGACAAAGCAACUGGACCUAGACCUGAACAACGAAAGGCAGAGGUAUCAGAAUCUGCUCCAAGAAUUCAGCCGGUUGGAAGAGCGAUAUGAUGACCUCAAGGAUGAGAUGAAGCUGAUGGAGACUAUUUCCAAACCGGGGCACAAGAGAACGGAUUCCACCCAUAGCAGCAAUGAAUCAGAAUAUACUUACAGCUCUGAGUUCGCUGACGCUGAAGAGUUUCCAAUGGGAACAGAGGAACCGAGUGAGAAAAAGGCACCGUUGGACAUGUCUCUCUUCCUCAAACUGCAAAAACGAGUGAAGGAGCUGGAGAUGGAAAAGCAGUCCCUGCAGGAUGAGCUAGAGAAGAAGGAGGACCAAGUUCUGCGGGCCAAGGCCAAGGAGGAAGAAAGACCUCAGAUGAGAGGAGCAGAGCUGGAAUACGAAUCGCUUAAGCGUCAAGAGCUUGAGUCGGAGAAUAAGAAACUAAAGAACGAAUUGAACGAGUUGAGGAAGGCCCUGAUGGAAAAGAGCGCUCCAGAUGUCACGAUGCCUGGUGCCCCAGCAUACAGAGUCCUUUUGGACCAGAUGACCUCCGUCAGUGAAGAGCUGGAGGUCCGCAAGGAGGAAGUUCUCAUCCUGAGGUCUCAGCUGAUGAGCCAGAAGGAGGCCGUGCCAUUCAAGAAUACCAUGACAGACUCUACAAUUCUUCUGGAAGAUGUUCAGAAGUUGAAGGACAAAGGAGAGAUCGCUCAAGCUUAUAUUGGACUGAAGGAGACAAACAGGCUUCUGGAAACUCAGCUGCAGGCUCAGAAGAGAAGCCACGAGAAUGAUCUGGAGGCCCUCCGUGGAGAGAUCCAGAGUCUGAAGGAGGAGAAUAACCGCCAGCAGCAGUUGCUGGCCCAGAACCUCCAGCUGCCCCCAGAAGCCCGGAUCGAAGCCAGUCUGCAGCAUGAAAUCACCCGUCUGACCAAUGAAAACCUGGAUUUAUUGGAACAGAUGGAGAAACAGGACAAGACGGUUCGGAAACUGAAAAAGCAGCUGAAAGUUUUCGCCAAAAAAAUUGAUGAGCUUGAAGUGGGCCAGAUGGAGAACAUUUCACCUGGACAAAUCAUUGAUGAGCCCAUACAUCCUGUGAAUAUUCCAAGGAAGGAAAAAGACUUCCAAGGAAUGUUGGAAUACAAGAAAGAGGAUGAACCCAAACUCGUUAAGAAUCUUAUUUUAGACCUGAAGCCUCGUGGAGUGGCAGUAAAUCUCAUCCCAGGGCUGCCAGCUUACAUUUUGUUCAUGUGUGUCCGCCAUGCCGACUACCUUAACGAUGAUCAAAAAGUGAGGUCCUUGUUGACUUCUACAAUUAACGGCAUCAAAAAAAUUUUGAAGAAAAGAGGUGACGACUUUGAAACGGUCUCCUUCUGGCUGUCGAACACAUGCCGAUUUUUGCACUGUUUGAAGCAGUAUAGCGGUGAAGAAGGAUUUAUGAAACAUAACACGUCUCGUCAGAACGAACAUUGCCUGACUAAUUUUGACCUUGCCGAGUACAGACAAGUAUUAAGCGACUUGGCCAUCCAAAUUUACCAGCAACUCGUUCGAGUGCUAGAGAAUAUUUUGCAGCCAAUGAUUGUUUCAGGAAUGCUGGAGCACGAAACCAUCCAAGGUGUGUCCGGGGUGAAACCCACCGGCCUGCGCAAGAGAACCUCGAGCAUCGCCGACGAAGGGACCUACACCUUGGAUUCCAUCAUCCGUCAGCUGAACACCUUCCACUCCAUCAUGUGCCAGCACGGCAUGGAUCCUGAGCUGAUCAAGCAAGUGGUCAAACAGAUGUUCUACAUCAUUGGGGCCGUGACCCUCAACAACCUUCUGCUGCGAAAGGACAUGUGCUCCUGGAGCAAAGGAAUGCAGAUAAGGUACAAUGUAAGCCAGCUGGAAGAAUGGCUUCGUGACAAGAACCUGAUGACCAGCGGUGCCAAGGAAACCCUGGAGCCCUUGAUCCAGGCUGCUCAGCUGCUACAAGUGAAAAAGAAGACCGAUGAGGACGCAGGGGCCAUCUGCUCCAUGUGCCACGCAUUGACUACUGCACAGAUUGUGAAAGUGUUGAAUUUAUAUACUCCCGUUAAUGAGUUUGAAGAAAGAGUGUCUGUGUCUUUUAUCCGGACAAUACAGCUGCGCAUGCGAGACAGGAAGGAUUCUCCUCAACUCCUAAUGGAUGCUAAGCAUAUCUUCCCGGUCACUUUCCCGUUCAACCCUUCCUCUCUCGCAUUAGAAACUAUCCAGAUCCCAGCGAGUUUGGGCCUAGGAUUCAUCACUCGGGUCUGAACCGAGAACCAGAGUUAAGCUGUCGACCAUCAGUUUCUAUUUACAAUCUCUUUAACGAUGAAAAUAAAUAAGAGUCAAAAGCCAUGGGGGGGGUUUGGGAAGGAAUAGAGGGAAAAAGACUGGAAGGGAAUCGUGUAGAUGCUGUAAAACCGCAUUGCCGAAAACCGGAAUGCGUCACCAUUCUCUCACCACCGGAAGCUGAUAGAAACGCAUUUGCGCAUUUGUACAAAUUCACUCGUCCCGUGCUGAGGCCUACCUAAAGCUUUUCAGGUUAAGAAAAAACAUCAGUACACACCUUAAUGUUUCUCCCACCCCCAGUUGGUUGCAAGCUGUCUUAUAUUUGCAUUGUAAACCAAAAACAAUCUGUGACUAAGAAAUCACGAUGGGUUUUCUUUUUUUCCUUUCCACGUUAAAAUUAAAAAAAAAAAAAAAAUUAUAAUGUGCAUCUGGUGGCAAAAAAGAAAAGAGUGUGAAGAGGAGUAUUUUCCAUUUUAACGGCUCUGAGAACCCCUUCCUGUAUUCCAUAUUUCACACGUACACUUAUUAUUAAUUUUUUUUUUAUUUUUUUUUUUUUUGGUAGAAAACAGUCACCAGAUUGUUUCUGUGUCUCCACUGAGUGGAACGGUGUCAUUCCAGUGCGAUGGUAGUGAGUGUGUUACCUCCAAUCCAUAAUGUGUUCCUGAUUCUCGUGUUGGUCAGGAAGCUAAAGCUGAGGAUUUGUUAAAGCUCCUUGUAAGACAUUUCAGCAUAUUAAAGUCACAAGUGAUUUGCCAGUUAUCGGGGACCAGCCAGGAGCUAAAACCAGGUGCGAUUUUCAGAGAAGGAUGGAAAUAUUUAGGGGUAGCUUCUGUGUAUGUGUAUAUAAACACAGACACAUAUAUACAUAUAUAAAUAUAUAUAUUUCAAAGACCUGAAAAUUUAACAAGAGACGGGCAACAUACAGUAUCACUCAUCAGGCAUUUUGCCUGUACAAACCAUAAAAACCAUUGAAAUAAAUAGAAAUAGUCAUACUCUUAGAAAGCACCAUUCAUUAGGACAAGGUUAAAUAAGUUUUUGUUUUAAUAGGUUUCAACCUGAAAGAUAAUUGAUCAAAUCAGUUGAUUGCCUCCCUAUUUACGUCAGUGUGUGCCAUAAAUGGCGAAUUAAUGAAAAAUAUUUUGAUUUAUAUUCUGGUACAAUAGAGCUGCUUAUUAGUACUGUUUUCAAACCAUAUCACAAUUGUCGCAGUCUGUGGUGUUCUUUUAAAUGUACAAUAAUUUUUAAAGGAGCAGAAAUGCAGGUUUAUAAAAUCACUGUAACUUUAAUAGUCCGGUCUUUUAAUAAGAUUUAUGCCAGUGUCAAGAACUGGAAACGAUAAUUUAAGCACAAUCUCAGAAACUAGAACCCAUUUUCUAAAGUCAAAAGAACCAACCCAACAAUAUUAUAUUUUAUAUUUAUUUAUUGUUUUGGUAUAUGUUGCUUUUCAUUUUUUUAUUUGCCGGAUGUGUAAUGAGAGUGUGUAAUAUUUAUUUUGGAGGUUGGGGAAGAGGUUUUUUUAAUAGGGAAAGGGUUCAUCUAAAAUACACCUCAAACAUUUAAUCCUGGAAAAGAAGCUAUUCCCCUACCAUUAGCACCACUCCCAAUUUUAGGAUUUUCUUAAAAGCUUGCUCCACAUUCAUUUUUUUCAAAAUGUAAUGCUAUCCCUGAUUUGGACCCAUUUUAUUAAAAAAAUAAAUAAAAAGGAAAUAUUCAUGUUUUGUUUCCAUGGGAACAUUUCAUUUGGACACAUUAUGAAUAUAAUCUGAUGAAAAGAUUUUGCUGAAAACUCUCAGGCUGCAGAUACAAUAGUUGUCAUGAUUUUCUCCAGUGUGAAACUGACAUUUUGAAAUAUUUGUGGACCUUCACUUAAAAGUUCUCCAGGCUCCCUUAAAAUAAUAAUAAUAAUAAAUUAAAAAACCAGGUACGGUCAGUGAUGAUCAGAAAUACAAAAGACGAUAUUACAUAUCCCAAGCCUGCCAUGCGCAAUAUUUUAAUUUAUCCUAACAAUUGAAUUAUGUUUAUUACCAAACAUAUCUCUGCUGUAAAUGCACAUUAUUAAAACGGUCUAGUACUGGACUUAAUUUCUCUGUGCACCUAAAAGAUGCUGUCACUUGAAACAGGUUUAAAUAGAUUUUCAUGUGCGAAAGAGAUGUGAUUGACAGGGACACUGUUGAGGUAAAUAAAAGAGGCCUGAUUUUUGGGGCCCUCCCCAUUCUUUUUGUUUUGUUUUAUUGUGGGAAGGGAAGCAAAUGCUCUUUGAUUUUUUUUUUAAAAAAAAGAAAUAUUCAGGUACUCAAGUAUUGCCUUUAAUACAUGUUCUUUAUUUAUGAUACAUUAAUAGGUCUUUACUUGAAAAUGUGCAUUUUCUUUUAUAACUGGCACUAUGUUUACAAAAGUGACUAAGAGAGUAUGUCCCUCCUAGGAUUACUUUAAAAUGCUCUAUUAAAAGGUACACUUCCUCUGUGGCUCUAGCCAGUUGGGGCUUGAUACCACAAAGGAGCUGAAAGUUGAGGUCCUAGAGUGGCCAUUUCCACCUUAAUGGCUUCCUACAUGAUCUGGACUUUAUUCUCAUAAUCUCCCAGCCACAGGUGUAAAUUAGUCAAUUUCCUGUUUGUUGUGUGGUCAGUUUCUCUGUGGGUGUGUGCUGUGCAGUCAAACAAUAGGUGUCUAAAACACCCUUCUUGGAGAAGGCGAAAAUGCAAAAGAAUAGAGUUUUAACUAGUCAACUUUAGGACAAUAAUGGAGCAUCAAAUAACGUUUCAGAGACUCUGAAUCUGCUUUGCUGAACUGGUGACACCAUUUGGCAUCGGCAAUUGGCCUGGGGGGGUGGUUAUUCCCCCCCCAAAAUUUUACACUCACGCUCCCAACGAGAUUUGCCACACUAGUUGUGGAUUAUGAGAGUUCCUGUUCAGAAUCUUAGAUGGCUACUCAGAUGGCAAAAUACACUUAACUUCUCAACUCUCACUGGAUUCUUAGCAUACUGUGCAACAGACACGUCCAGAUCUUGGCAGCUUUAAGACUUGUGGACUUCAACUCCCAGAAUUCUCCAGCCAGUCAUGCUGCAUGGGGAAUUCUGGGAGUUGGAAGUCCACAGGCCUUAAAAUUGCCAAGGUUGGACAUCCCUGCUGCAUAAUGAAAAGGCUGUAACAGAAAUUAUGUAAGGGGACAGCACUACUUUUAAAAUCUAGCAGCCCAAUUAAUUUUCCCUCCAGGGUAUCUUUCUACUGAACCUCUAGAAGUACUGGAAUCCUGCCUUUUCAUUUCAACUGAAUAAUUGUUUUUUUCAAGAAUUUGACAAUUCCAAAAGCGAUGAUGAUAUCGUUUAGAUAUAUGGUUUUUAAUUUUUCGUUUUGUUUGUAUAAAAGCCUUAUUGUAUCUUGUUUACUAAUAAGAGUGAUGGAUGCCUGUUGGCAUUAUCCUCCGACUGUGUAAUCUGAUUAAAUAUAUCUUUCUGUCACAUUAAAACCGAAUGCUGCUUUCCAUGUUUUAAAGGAGUUCCGAGUUUAACUGUGCUCUGUAAUUCAUCCAACACUUUACAUAUCAGUAUUUUACGUGCACUUUUUAUGGGUCUAAUAUUUUACUGUUACAUGCUAGAAAACCAGCUGUUUUCAAGUUAGAAUUUGUAGCAUCUAAAACAAUUCGAGUUUUGCUUAUUUUUGCCCUCCCUUUAAAACAUGAUCAUGUUGUUUUAAUGUGAAAGUGUUGCCAUCUCUUUUACUUUUAACUGAUAUGCUAUAAUUUUCCGUCCUUCCCCCAAGUGUGCUUUUGAAAUGUAUAGACCCAAAAUAUUCCUCCAAUAUUACCUCAUUAGGUUUCAGAUAGUUUUUGCUUUUCUUCCAACUGCUCCUACAAUUGUCAUUUUGCAAUUGGAAGAAUGUUUUUCGCUUAGUCUGGAACAAUUUUUGUUUUACAGAGUGUUGCAAUCCUGGGCAUCUUUUUAAAGCCCCCCAAGAAAAUUGCAAGUAAGGAUUAAAUGCACUGUAUUCAAAACACGCUUGCUUUGAUCAUACAGCUUUUUGCUUGCUUGUUUGUGCUGGACCUAUUUGUUUUCAGUGCCCACCCCCAGAAUAUCCCAAGAGGGCUGGGGGCAUUGAUUUGUCUGUUUCCAUGUGUACAAAGCUUUGUGCAUCAGACAUCGGUCACAAUAAAUUUACACUAUUCAUAAUAGGUCUUUCCUGCUGAUACAAAGAGGUCAGCUUUGGUGGGGCAGGUUGUCCCACAACAUCCAAUCUCACCCACAGCAGAUUUUAGCAAAAUAGACAAUAAUUUCAGGUGUACAUACGGAUACAGAGUAUUCUUGAUCCCAAAUAAUGUGGGUUUUUUUCUCAAAGCACACUCUUCAGUUAGUUUGCUGUCUCAACCUGCUGUAUCUUUUUUUUUUCCCUUUUGAGAGUUUCAAAACUGGACGCAUUUCAACUGUUGAUUUUCUUUUGUAAUCGCUUGAUCAUUGUCCUUUUAAACUUGCAAUUCCUUUUGAAGCAAAAACAACAGGGUUUGAGGUCUUUUACCCACUUAGGCGUAGAUAGAAACCAAAAUGUUAAUCUGAAUGAUUUAAGCUUGGAAUUGUCAUGGUGUCUGACAUAAUUAAUAAAUGUAUGCUUCAUAAAUGCUGUAUCUUUAGAAGAAAUGUCCAAAUAAAAGGAAACACUAAAAAGUC